AUGUCAGACCCAGGCCCUCCGCAAGUAAGCGGUCGACUUCCACUCCGGAUAUUCCCACCUCCACUAAAGUCGUUUUUCCUUUCAUAUACAAGAUCCUAAUCUUCUCCAUAAAGCAAUAACCUGCAUAAAAGCCGGGCGACGUGUUUCUAGCAUUUGAUCUCUUCUUUUUCAUGAAUCAUUUCAGCUUCCUGGGUGUUCUUUUUUUAACCAUCCACCAGUGAGCUUGACUGUGUCCGACAAGAUAAUAUUUGGCUGAUAUAGUAUUCGUCCAAAGCCUCCCAAAUGUCCCCUGAGGUGAGUCGCCAGUAUCAUAUACCUUUACUCACCAUACUCCCCGUCAAUCACUUCAACGCCAGCAACCAUCUCCAUUAGCUCAUCGUCACCAGUAUCUCUCUUCUUAUUCUUCUUUCGUAUGCUUUCAUUUCCGCCACCUCCAGAUCUUUUGGUCCCUUUUGAACUUUUGCCCAACGAAGCAUUAAUAACUCAUGGGAGUAGAUUGUGCAAUCAAAACAGCACAGGCUCUGAAUUUGACCUUGAAUAAACCUGCUUUUGGAACCUUCGAGGUUCAAUCAGACUAUUCUCCUGGGACCGAGUUCUUAGACUACCUGUAGCUUUCCCACCAGGGGGUCUUCCUCUAGUUUAAGUACACAUUUCUGACAUGGUAAUAGCAAGAAUACAAGCAUCAUAGUCCGGGCCUUGUCGUUUUUUGCAAGAUUAUAAAAGUUGUGAAAUAAACCUCCCGAUUCACUCGCGCUAGUGCUUUUAAUAAGAUGCUUUAUUUUUGAAAAAGACCUAUCCAUUUGUGCGGAUUUCGAUGGGAUUUCGAAAAUGUUAAUUUUGGAUGUGAAAUAUGGUUUUUUACGAGUCAGCAACACGACAACUCGACAGCACAUUACGCCUGGCCAACUGAACGUCUAGCUCCCAAUUAGGUUACCGCCUAGACACAUCCAAGGUUUAAUAGCUUAUAUUCAAUCGAAAAUAGUCUAAUUAUGGAAUUCUGCUGAUAUAUCGCCAAUUUAGGCUUAGACGCUCAGCUGGCCAGUGGAUUCUUCUACUGUAUUCUCAUGCACAAGGGUAUUCUCCAUACACGGUAUUAGUAAUCCAUCAAAAGCGGUGAACAAAAGCUAAAGUGGUUUUUGACGCGAGCUGGAAGUUUGUCGCGUUUUCUGCCCAAUUACUUUCAUGUUAAACUUGGCUAGGUUGAACCAAGUCAUAUUCCUCCAACCACAUCGAGUUCUCUGGGAUAAAUCGCAAAUUUAUUAUAAAACUUUUUCUGCUUCGAGUACGACCUUUCUUUUCGCAAUUAGAAGAUGGGUCUCGGUGCAGUUGCUAUUUCAUCUUCACGAUAGCUGCGAUCUUGCAGCCAUGGUACCGCCAUCUCCAUCUUCUGCAAAAUCAAAUAAUCCUGAGCCGAGACCUCCAAUUCCUGCUGAACCCGAAGCCGGUGAGCCUCGAAAGGCUUGGUUUCGAUUUUUCUUGAAUACCAACGAGAAAUCGUCUCGAAUACCUAAACCCAUUACUCCAGACUCUUCUGCGGAUCUUACCAGCACACCAUCGACGACCAGGAAGAAAGUAGGCUGGUCUGAAAAGUACGACUACAAAGAUCCUCCUAAAACUGUCACCGACAAACAUAUUCUAUCCGCACACGCUAUCUCACCACUGACACCAUCAGCGGAGCGCAAAGCAACAAAAUCAAUCCUGAAGACAAACCAUGGCCUCGAGCCUCUACACACUAUUGUAUCUUUCGGAGGUAGCGACACUGUAUCAACCUCAAACUUUCCGUUACUCGACGCCAGAAUGUUAGAAUCAAUCUCAAAACAAUUGGCUGGCCAAGAUAGGAGCUCGAAGCUAGAUGCAUACACAACCUUGUCGGGUGCCUUGAAGGCCUGCGACAAUGUUCCGGAUCGGAAGGCUUUAUCGGACAAGAUGGAUUUAAUACUACAAUUCGUAAAACGGGAUCUUAACGCUAAACAUGAAAGUGGAGCUCUUGAUAUUCAACUUGCUAAAGAGGCGCUAGUGCUCACAUCUAGCUUCCUUCAUAAGAAGUCUAUUUCGGACAUGUUGACUCCCGAUUUCAACAGCUAUCUAGUGGACCAUGCCCUGAAGACUUUCGAAAAUCCUGCAAUGUCAAAGGAGAUCGCCAGACACCUGAUGUUCAUAAUCGCACAGCAAAAGUUCUCGGCUAGAAUCAUGACUGCUGAGAGAGUAACGAAGCUGAUAUCCGCAAUUCACAAAAUUGAAGAUUUUGUGCGAGGCAAAAGUAUCGUAGAACAACGCAUCAACAUCUACCGAACUUUUCUUAGGCAAUCCAAAUCUUAUAUGAUCUCUAAUUCUGAUUGGCUCGGUGAUCUUUUCAGCGAUAUGCUCAGCAGUUACUCAAACAUUCAAACUGCUGCUAUUGCGUUUGGUGAAGAGGCUGGCCUUGACCUUGGGACGGAGAGCAAAGUAUCAUCAAAAGUCAUGGAAAUUUUCAAAGGAUCAGAUGGAAAAAAUGUCAAAUAUAUCGACUUUUUUGCGGACAGAUUGCGAAAGAUGGCAGCGAGAAAGCCUCCAGGUCCUACUCCUCGUAUCUGGGCAGUUGUCAUAUUAUUUCUUCGUGCUCGGCCCCAGCAGCUAGAGCACUGGGCUUUCAUAAAAGUAUGGCUUGAUGUGAUUAAGGUCUGUUUUAAUUCUAGUGAUCAGAAUACGAGACUAGCGACAAAUUUGGCUUGGAAUCGCAUGAUAUUUGUAAUUGGUCUAGACGAGAAGGUCACUUCGAAUAUGAUGCAUACUCUCAGUCAACCUCUAAUUGCACAGCUUCAAAGAAAAGAUGUGCGCAAGGUCUCAAACCCGGACAAUCUGUACCGCAAGUCAACCAUCAAUAGCAUAUACAACUUAUUAUACUACUCGGUGAAGCCAAAUAUAACCCAGGCACAACUUGAUACAUUUUGGGAUACAAACAUAGUUCAAAUCGUCGGCAAACGACUUACACCCACCGAUUAUGUGGAAAAUCCCACAUCGGCUGGGCAGGACUUGAGUGAUGCAUGCAGUAUUCUCUGUGGUCUAUUCAACUCACAUACUCAACGGCCAUGGACACCAACCAGAGCUUUGAACCAUAAUCUUGUCACAGCUAAAGAGCUUCCAGGGCUCGAUCCUCGAUGGCUACGCAAAAAUGCUCUUCGAGUCUUCCAAAUCCUGAGCCCGAUAAUGGAGCUGCUCUAUUGGGACUUUGCUAUGUCCGAAAGCAAAAUAUCGCUUCUUUGGGAGACUUACAUUUCCUCAAUUUCAUCCGCAGGGGCCAAGGAGGUCAAAACCUCAAAUGACACUAUGGCAUGUCUUGCCUUUCUGUUCAGCACACUGUACAAAAUCUGGCAGAAGGGACCAGACGGCUUGAAUGCCCUGCCAUCUCAUCGCAAAGACGAAGCAGGGUUUUUCGCUAGUUUUAAAGCCAUUGUCACUAUUGUUAUAUCUGGACUAGGAGUAUUGCCGUUCACUGAAAGGCUCCUAUCUAUGGUCCAAAAAGAUGAUUUUAUUGUCGUCGCAACCCCUUCACAUCGACCUGGAAAGAUAAAGGGCCAAAUCCGAUCUCCACUUCAUCAUCUAUUCCUAUUGCUUGCUAGCGCUUCUCCAGGUGUUGAAAAUGACUGUAAGUUCUUCGAAAUGGCCCAAGCGAUACUGACUCCGUUUUUCGACGCUCGACGUGUGAGUCAAGGAAAAAUGGACCUCGUCAAAGACCUUUUAGAUAUUCUUCCCACCGACAACACCGCAUCGUGCAAAGGCUUGUGGACCAUCCUAGCAAAGUUUGCUACCGUAGCGAUUAAUUUCUGCGAUGAUAGUGUUGUGUCUAGUUCCAUCCAUGAUGCACGCCCGCUUGGUGGUGAAUAUCGCAGUGUUGUAAAGAUUCUUGAUGCUGGGAUCAAUUUAUCACCAAAGGAGCCUUUGCAAGGAUGGGAAAAGCUUUUCCAAGCUCUGGUAAUGUCUGCAACAACCGGUUCUGGGCACGGGGGUAGAGCUAUCGUUGUUAUCGAACCAAUAGCCAAGACCUUGGCUUUAAUUUGGCAGCCAAACGGCGAAAGCUGUGGCGAGAAAGCGAAAUAUUGUCAACUCCUAGUUGCACAAGCAUCAUAUCCAAAAGACCGACAAGCCUUGGAUGCCGCUCGUCGCCGUCUCUGGGGUAGCGCAACCGCUGGUCCAAGAAUCGACAUCUUCGACCCGUAUUUCCAUUUGUAUGAAUAUGUUUCCCGGUGCUUAGAGUAUUCUUAUACCGAGCUUUCAUCAAACGAUCACCACAGCAUUUGUGGCUUAGUCAGUGAGAUUGAAGCACUUUUAGUUCGAUGCCCGAAAGUUCUGUUAAGCGAAGCUUUGACUCGACUUCAAAAUGGACUUGUUUGCUGGAUACGGGACGAAGAGGGAAAGCUGCAUGGUGGAAGUAAUAUAUCUCGAAUCGUAAGUCACCCCUUUCAUAUCUUUGAACACCACGGCUAAUUGAUGUAGGUUAAUUGUCUCUGGACGAAGAUCUGCUCAUUAUUGGGUUCUAUCACCAAUGAUCCACAGGAAUUACUGGCCAACCUAGAACCGUUAUUGUGCUCUGGCUUGGGAAGCAAACGUGUGUCUAUUGCAAACACGGCUCUCGAAAUGUGGAAAGACACAUUUGGUUCCUUCAACGGCGAAUUAACAUAUCCGUCAAUGGUCAAAGUAGUUUUGUCAAGGCUUCUUCCAAUGGCUGAUAUCUCUCUUCCGUCAUUCUCUGAAAGCUCCGAAAAUCGGAUAUCUGACAAUCAUAGGCAGCUCCCCGCUUUUAUUGAUACGCAGACGGAUUGCAACAUUUCUGGUGAGGUCAACCUACCGGAUCUUUCAAACAAAGCUUCUUCAAACAUGAUUCAAUCACACAAACAAAAGAUGAUAGGUUCAUCUCCACGAGUUGUCAUUGGAGCCAGCAAGGCGGAGUCUCGAAAGAGAUCUCGUGAAACAACCCCGGAACCCGGGAAAAGAAAGACAAGGAAAAGGAGCUCCGUUGCUAAAUUACGACACGACGACUCUCAGAUACAAUUUGAAGCAAUUGCAGGUUCAUCACCUUUGUCGGAAGCAAUAUAUGACUCAGAUAUUUUGACAGACCGGCAGAAAGAGGUCAGGGAACGACAAGCUGAAGCCGCAGCUAUGUUCCCAGAUAUCAGGUCCAGCCCUCCGCCCAGCUCAAGGCCAACCUCCGAGCAUGUUGAUAACAAUAACGAAUUACCUUCACGCCAAUCUGCUUCAAAACUACGCUUAGAGACACCAGCCAAUAGUAAAAGACAAAGUACACCGGAUACUCGAAUCAUCGAAAACCAGGAUAUUUUUCUUGCAUCAUCGCCCACACCGGCACGUCAUACCCUUGCUUCAAAAGAUAUUUCUUGUCCUCCUUCAUCACCGCCAGCCGUUGCUUCAAACAAGCGUUCGGCAUUUAUAUCAAAGAAUAAGAGCGUAGCAAUCACAUCUUCACCGCCACAAACAGGGACAAGAAACAGUGCUUCAUGGAGUGCUGCGCACAAAGGCCUCAAUCGGUUUGAGCAAUCACCUCCACCACCUGAUUUGCCAAUGAGCAAAAGUGCUUCAGCGCCUCUCACUUCUUCCGAUGAGUUCAAUGUCACUUCAUUUCCUAGUCACUUUCUGGAAGGAUUUGAUGAUGAUCCAACCAUGAAUCGUUCACUAAGCUCUUUUGCACAAAAGGUAUUAUAUGCUUUUGAUCCUGGCCAAACCAUGUCUACAUACAGAAGCACAGCUAUGUCUUCGGGUGGAGAAGAAGAUAUGGACGUAACCAUUGAACUUACAAGUAGCGAAGAGCAGGCUAGAGAUAGAUACCUCCAACAGUCAUCCACUGAGAAUGGAGCUAGGAACACUUGCGAGGCUCAAACAGCUGAAACGAUUAAAGAUCCAGUGAUCAACAAUGAUUCGAUUUUACCAUCAACUCCAAGACGAAGCCCGCGUUGUGUGGCAGCAAAGAAACCUGCUCCAAAUACUCCAAGAGACGUUGUUCUUGAUGCUCGGUCAAGUGUAGUCUCUGCGGAUAAUGCGCCAAGCGACGAUGAGAAAUUUGAAGACGCUGUAUCUUCUCCGCGAGCACUUCCACCUCGGAUACAGAAAUCAUCAGAAGUGGUUUCUGUGCCAAAUGAUAGUUCUUCUCCUCUUACCGACCUUGAUGAAUCUAGUUUCUACAGACUCGCGAAUUCUGUGGAUCGCAAGUUGGCUGAGAACAGAGACCGGGCUGGUGGUCCGAUACAUGUAUCAGCAGAGCUCGGUGCUGUAUCCCUUAAUGCUGUCUUCCCGGAAACACCUCAUAUAAUUCCCGAUUCGAAACGAAGGUCUCCUGUUCGCUCCAUGUCUCGGUCCUCGGCCAUCCAAUCCGUCAUCCCUGAAACUCCAGCACCACAGCCUUUGAAAGAGAAUGACGGGGAUGACAUAUCGCGUGAACUUGCAGAAGAUAACUCUAAUGCUGGUUCUGCUAUCACCAUAGCGCCCCAUGUUGGUGAUCAACAAGUACGUCGAAUUAACACAAGCAAAAGUCCAAAGCCAGUUCGACGAAAGAAUUCGCCAGUCAAAAUGAGGAUUGAAAAUGAGGGUAGAAUGGAAAUUUCAGGAAAAAAGCGAAAGUUUGAUGAAAUUCUUGACGUUGGUAGUGCGGUGCCUGACAGUCAGGAGGCACCGGAAGAUGGUAAGCGUGAUAUCUUCUUUUCAUGGGAGCCAAAAAGAGUACUAAAUAUCGACACAGUUCAAUCACUACCUUCGCCAAAGAAAAGGAAAGGUCGUCCAGCGAAGACGCCAGAAACUAUAAUAACAAGUGCUUCCGAACCCCAAUCUACUCGAUCCGAACGAUCUGAACGAGCCAGUCGAAGAAAUACUCGAUCGUCACAGGCUAGAACUGUUAUUGAAAAUAAUUCGAGCAUAGAAGACCUACCAGAGUUUAAUUCUGCUUCGAAUGUCAUGGAGACUAGUUCUUCUAUAGUCUCAAACGACCGCCCUGCCAUACCAGUUUCUGGUAACGAAGCUAUUGACGACACGAACUUUGGUAUACCAGAACCAGAGGAACAAGCGAGCCCAGUACCUGAUCAACUGGACCCAGAUUAUGUAGAGGAAACUUUGUUACAAUCACAAAUAGCUGAGGAGAUGCAAUUUGGAUCACAGGAAGCCACGAACGAUCAACCGGAGGAAAUAGCCAAAACUGCUUCAACCGCUCCCACAUAUCAGAAUAUCAAAGAGAAGUUAUUGAGCUUAGUCAAAGAUCUUGAGGAUGCUGCUCUUAGCCGAGAUGAAGGAAAUGAAAUGGAAGAUAUGUUUAUGGAUGCAAAGGUCCAAUUGUAUGGUGCAAUUAAACGAGGAAGACAAUUGGCUGAUGAUUAAGGAAACUUGCAUUGCGGAUGGCGUUUUGCUUUAGGUUAUGGUUGGCUUACAUAUGUCACAUGAAGUGAUAUAGAUGACAUGAUUGCAUGAAGGGGUUUAAUGGAUAAUGUGUAACGUAGAUAGGAGAAAUAAUACCAAUUAUGUUGCAUA